AUGGAAGGGCGAACCCUAUUCGCCGACCACGUUGGCCACUUCGUCUGGCUGGUCGUCUACAAGCCGCUGCCGAUCAGCAAGAACCCGAAUAAAUUGGUGGGCAUUCGAAAAGUGACAAUUCUGGGGUAUCCUGUUGAGAAGGAUCGGCCGCGGAGGGCGCCCAGCAAGAGCAAGAGCAGGGGAAUGCAACGCGAAAGAACCCCAUCAGCAAGCCGUUUAUCCACAGCAUCCCCGGCAAGGAUGCCGACACCAGCUGGAACGCCGACCGUGCCACCGGAAUAUAUGGUCAACCGGUAUAGCUAUGAGGGCGAUGGAAUGCACACCGGUGGCGAUAAUUUGGCGGGCGAUCCUCUGACCACGAUCAGGACCGUGCAGCGAGCAUUAAGGGAAAAGAUUGAGGUCUCGAAACAGGAAGGGAAAGACGUCGAGGCGACCGUUUGCUUGCGGGCGAUUCAACGGCUUGAGGAGUAUGAGGUCAGACUUGAGGAUAUGGCAAGCCGGCGAAGCAAAGCCCUGACGGUCGGAGAUAUGCAGGCGGCCGAACGUCUGAAUCUAAUGAUGACAGACAGCCGGGAUACUGUACUACGCGCCAUCCACGUGGAUCUGCUGCUGAAUCGGGCAGAGCUCCGUUCGAUCGGCGUGGGUUCGAGGUGGAAGGAGACCCCGGAAAGCUAC